UUUCAUCUCCCUCCACUCCUGGGAAUAAAACCCCAUUCCGCAUCCCUCUCUCUCUCUCUUGAUCUCAUGCGCCCCUUUUCUCUCUCUCGAUCUCCCCUCUCACGAACCCCUCUUCUCUCCCCAACCAUCCCCUCUCUCUCGAUCUCACGAAGACUUCCCUCUCUCACGCCAUAAUCUGCGUCCAUUUUAGGUAUGGAAGACCGAUUAAAUACCUACCAAACACUAGAAUUUUCCUCUGAAAACAGCCCCAAAUCCUACACGAUGAUACAUGGUUGAAGAAGAAGAAGAAGAAGAACCAGGUCCUUCUGGAAGGGUACGUAGCGACGGACGAGAAGAACGAUCUGAUUCUUCAACAUCAGCAGCAACAGCAGGGGAUGAUGUUGAGGAUGAAGAGCCUGACUAAUGGAGAUCUUGACGAACUGAAGGGGUGUUUGGAUCUAGGGUUUGGUUUCAACUAUGAAGAGAUCUCGGAGCUUUGCAAUACCUUGCCGGCGCUUGAGCUCUGCUACUCGAUGAGCCAAAGGUUCUUGGAUGAUCAGCGGCAGCAGCAGCAGAAGUCUAUGGAUGGGAGGGAUGCAGAGGAGGCAUGCUCCGUGUCAUCAGCGGCCGCGAGUCCGAUCAUGAAUUGGAAGAUUUCAAGUCCUGCAAUGCAGGGACAUUGGCAAGGAGCUUUGUUGGAUGAUUUGGGCCCUCCAAAUAGCACACUUGCACAGAUGGAUGGAGAAAGUCAGGUAGACACUCAUGAAUUGUCGUGGAUUGAUUUGGCAACCAUACAACUUGCCACCAAUAACUUUUCGGAGGCAAAUAAGCUUGGACAAGGUUGAUUUAGCCCUGUUUACAAGGUAAUAAAAAUUUCAACCUAACUUGGAAGGACUGGUUAAUACCAUCAUUGGUGGACAAUCUAACUUCCCUAACGAGGAAUUAUUACAUGAAAAUUCGAACAAGGUGUGUUACCUGAUGGAAUGGACAAUCUAACUUCCCUAACGAGGAAUUAUUUCAAAUUUUGAUCAUUUGACUCUGUUUGAGAUGUGUGGCAGUGGCGUCCACUGUUAGGAAUAAAUGGCAUCUAACCUGUCCAGCAGUAUCACUCCACCAUUCAAUUGGAUUUCUGAAAGUUCUAUCACUGAACUAUACAGUUUGGUUUGCCUUUUACUUGUUUGUUGACAUUGUUGUAUGUGCUAGAAUGAUGGAAAAUGCUUACUGCUUAUGUGUGAAUCAGGUUUCAGACACAUUGUUUACAUGGGCAGACUUGCAGGCCAAACUAAACAGUGAGUUGCUGAGUAACUUGGGCAAUUUUGUUAAUCGGGUCCUGAGUUUCAUUGUUAAACCUCCAGGUUGACCAGUUGUGUUUGAAAGAAAUGUGUUAGUUUGAAUUAUCUGCAUUUUCUUGAACAUGCAAGUACUAUUAUGAAA